AAACAUCAUUGUAGUCCUCCAAUCAGGUACUGGAAACAUUGGCGUCAGUUUCACCCGCCAUUCCCUUCGGCGCCAUCUUGAGCAUAUGAUCUUUGUUGUUGAUACUCUGAUCCUAUUUUAUUAAAGAUUUGUGGUUAAUUUCUCGCAAAUAACUUCAAAAGUGAAUAAUGGCUCGUACCAAGCAGACUGCCCGUAAAUCUACAGGAGGUAAAGCUCCUCGUAAACAGUUGGCCACCAAGGCAGCGCGUAAAUCAGCGCCCAGCACUGGUGGAGUCAAGAAACCUCAUCGUUACCGUCCUGGUACAGUAGCGCUUCGUGAAAUUCGUCGUUACCAGAAAUCUACUGAGUUGCUGAUCCGUAAACUGCCAUUCCAACGUUUAGUGAGAGAAAUUGCUCAGGAUUUCAAAACCGACUUGCGCUUCCAAUCUGCUGCCAUUGGCGCUCUGCAGGAGGCAAGCGAGGCUUACUUGGUAGGCCUGUUUGAAGACACCAACUUGUGCGCUAUCCACGCCAAGCGUGUCACAAUCAUGCCUAAAGAUAUCCAGCUUGCUCGACGAAUCCGCGGCGAGCGUGCUUAAACGUAACUCUAGUAUACUUUAAUCAUAAAUUAUUUGUAAUUCAAUAGAUCUAAAUUCUAUAACAAGUUGUGUUUAAUUUUUAUAUUAUUAAAAUCCAUUAUUCAUUCAUUCAUUCAUUAUUUUAAGGAUGCAGCAGAACUGAGUUUUUUUAUUAAAUACAUUUUAUGUAAGUUCGCUAAGUUCAUGUAUGAAACGCUGUUGUAAAUUGUGACUUCAUUCGCUCUGACAUCAGCAGUGCUCCAUACAUGGGCAUAGUUAUUUUGUGGUAAUUUACAUCUUAAGUAGUUUAAUAGGUAAUGUCAAUGUGCAGUGUGAGAAUUCUGUGUUUGGCGUAAUUAAGUUGCAUCGUAUGAUGUUUAUGAGAAAAUUGGUGUUAAAUAAAUAUGAUUAGGGUCAUUA